AUGUGUGCAUGGUGCCGAAUCACUCACCAGAAUUCAACCGCAUACCGGCCACAAAUGAAUGGGGCUGUGGAAGCCGCCAACAAAAACAUCAAGAAGAUCCUCAGAAAAAUGAUUGAUAACUACAAAGAUUGGCAUGAGCAAUUGCCCUAUGCAUUACUGGGAUAUCGCACUACGGCCAGGACUUCAACUGGGGCUACUCCGUACCUGUUGGUAUAUGGCACUGAAGCAGUGACACCAGCCGAAGUAGAAAUCCCUUCAGUUCGAAUUAUACAAGAAGCUGAGUGUGACGAUGUAGAAUGGCUCCGCAAGAGGUAUGAGCAACUAGCUUUGAUAGAUGAAAAGCGAAUGAUUGUUGUUUGCCAUGGUCAAUUAUACCAACAAAUAAUGGCGCGGGCUUUCAACAAACAUAUGAGAACCACGGUGUUUCAAAUUGGGCAAUUGGUGCUCAAACGCAUAUUCCCGAACCAAGAAGAAUACAAAGGAAAGUUUGCACCAAACUGGCAAAGGCCCUAUAUGGUGCGAAAAGUACUAUCAGGAGGAGCCGUGGUACUUACUGAGAUGAAUGGUCAGGUGUGGCCAAGAGAAAUAAAUUCAAAUGCCAUCAAGAGAUACUACGUGUGA